UGCAGUGCCAUUGCUGUCUCGCGACGCCAUUGCAUCGACAAGCCCCUCCGACGCUCCUUUAUCCGACCAUUCGAGACGACUCGGUUUCUCUUCAGCCUGGGGGCUGUCAGUAUUGUAUUACUACCACCAUCACCACCACCACAAGGCAUUGAUAAAUCGCCACCAUGCCUGCCAAGUCACGCUUCACCAAGCUCGAUGCUUUCACCAAGACGGUCGAAGAUGCCCGCAUUCGCACCUCCACUGGCGGUAUCGUCACCAUUACUUCUCUGAUCUUGAUCCUCUAUCUGGUCUGGGGGGAAUGGACCGACUACCGGCGCACCGUCGUACAUCCUGAACUCAUCGUUGACAAGGGCCGUGGAGAGAAGAUGGAAAUUCAUAUGAACAUUUCCUUCCCUCGCGUGCCAUGCGAAUUGCUCACUCUUGAUGUCAUGGACGUGAGUGGAGAAGUGCAGUCUGGAGUCAUGCAUGGUGUGAACAAGGUCCGCUUGGACGCGAAUGGGAAAGAGAUUGGCAAGGAAGCGUUGACUGUCAACAGUGAAGAGCAGGUGCCCCACCUGGAUCCGGACUACUGCGGCGAUUGCUAUGGCGCCCCAGCGCCCGAGACUGCGACCAAGGCAGGCUGUUGCAACAACUGUGCGGAAGUCCGAGAGGCCUAUGCGGGUGUCAGUUGGUCGUUCGGGAGGGGAGAGGGCGUGGAACAGUGCACCAGAGAGCACUAUGCAGAACAUCUAGAUGAGCAGAGGAAAGAGGGUUGCAGGAUUGAGGGUGGAAUCAGAGUGAACAAGGUGGUGGGCAACUUUCACUUUGCCCCCGGCAAGAGCUUCAGUAACGGGAAUAUGCACGUGCACGACCUGGAAAACUACUUUCAGAGCGGAGAAGUGCAGCACUCGUUCACGCAUAAGAUUCAUCAUCUGCGUUUUGGCCCAGAACUUCCAGAUGACGUCGUGAAAGCGGUUGGGAAGAAGGGCAUGGCGUGGUCUAAUCAUCAUCUCAACCCUUUGGACGACACGGAACAAGUCACAGACGAGGUUGCGUACAACUUCAUGUACUUCGUCAAGGUUGUCUCAACAGCAUACCUCCCACUCGGCUGGGACGGAUCAGGCUCGCUCCUGGACAUCCCACACGAGCUCAUCGCACUUGGCGGCUACGGUAAGGGCGAACAAGGUAGCAUUGAAACUCAUCAAUACUCUGUGACUUCGCACAAGCGAUCCUUGACCGGAGGUGACGCCAAGGCCGAAGGGCACGAAGAACGGUUGCACGCUAAAGGCGGCAUUCCUGGAGUCUUCUUCUCCUACGACAUCUCACCCAUGAAAGUCAUUAACCGCGAAGCUCGAGCAAAGUCCUUCUCUGGCUUCUUAGUAGGCGUCUGCGCCGUCAUAGGAGGCACGCUGACAGUUGCUGCCGCCGUAGAUCGACUACUGUACGAAGGCGGAUCGAAGCUGAGGAAGUACCAUUCGAGCUAGAUAUAUCAUCAAAGGAACAUAUUGAUAUCUGAUAGAUGUAUCAUUGGCAAGGUCCCAC